AUGGCUGCCUUUUUUUCUUUGCGCCCAUCUCAAUUCUACAAUCCAAAAGCUUUCCUAUCAGAUGAUAAUUUCAUAUCUUGGUUAAAUCCACCGAGCCCGGCAAAGAUAUACGUAAAAGAGCAAGAGAGGCAUGGCCUAGCUAAAUAUAUUAUUCCCCAAGGCCUUCUCUUCAUUCGUCCAUUCUCAUCCCGUAUGACUUCAUCGAAAUUGAUACCUAUUGGAGGACUAUCUUCAGUGGAAUCUGCAGCUGAGUCUGAUAGAAGAAUUGCUGAGGCCGAGUAUUCUUUGGCCAAGGCUGGAGGACAUGAAGUGGAAUUUAAUCGUGUGAAUUGUCUAGUAUGGGUAUUGCAUGAAUCUGCUCGAAGUUUCUCCCUUGCAAUACAGUCGAUCGAAUUGGCUAAAACAGGUCCACCACUAGCAAUGGCAUGGAAUGGAGUCGAUGUCAAUGCCUGGCAUAAGCACGUUGCAUAUCAGGUUGCAGUGUAUGCUCUACUGAAAGCAGCAAUUGAGGUGGAGUUAUUUCUUUCUCACAAACGCAGCAACAACCCAUCUGUUCUUGAGAUCCUUUCGCCGAAGACGAACUUUCUUGGAUUGCAAAUAGAAAGUCAGUUAAACACCAGGAACCCGAAAUUGGUGCAGAGGUUUAGAAUGGUCGAACUUCCACGGAUAGCUGGAUUAUUUAUCCCUUUGUUCAAGAAGUGGUCAUUGGAAUACGCAGGAAGUGGUAUUGCAGGAACAAUCAUGGGUAUAAGCUGUUGUGCUGCUGUCAGGAAAUUGGGUUCAGCACGAAUUUCUUAUCCCUUAUUUUCAAAUUCAAUUGAAGAGGCAUUGAUAGAGCUUAUGACUAUGUCACACAGUCUAGUUUCUCUUGAGAAAUUGCAUCAGCUAGCAACUGAGGCUGGAUUUGAAGAUAAUUUUCUUUCCCAUUUUGGAAGUAAGAUUCUUCCAAGUAAGAAUGUUGAAGAUAUGGAAUUUUGGAUUGGACUGAUUCAGAGAAAGCUUUCUACUGCGUUACACAGAGAAAGUGUAACUUCAGGCAGGCCCAUUAGCAAGGUUCAAGAAAGUUGUUUGAUUACUCUGGGACUUUUUGCAUAUCUAGGAAGAGAAACAAGAUUGUUCUUGUGGAAGCACCAUAUAAAAGAUCUUGAUGAACAAAUUAAAGAUUUUCUUAGUUAUUUAGAGUGUGGUAUCCCUUCCACGUUUCCUGAAUUUUCAACCAUAUCAGAGUAUCAGCUCGUAAUGGAGGUAAUUAUCGACGAAAUUGGAUGGGUCGACUUUUAUGCUGCAUAUAACAGUCAUGUAUUCCAAGAUAGGAGAAGGUCCAAAAAUCAUCCUAUUCAGGCAGAGCAAGAAAUUAUUUUGUACACCAUUUUUACUGUAUGCUAUGAUGUGAUUUCGGGAUUCGCCCACUACAGCAAUUCAACUCAACAAGCCUUAGAUUCUAAUUUGUUAGAAUUUUUACUUAAGAGUCAGGAACUACUAUCCACAUGUCUGGAGGACUUCUGGUCUGCUUAUGAUGGAACAAGUGACAUGCAGAAAAUAGGGGAAAGAAGUGAUCCUGACUUACUGCCGUCAUUACAAAUUAAGGGAACCAAAAAUUCAUCUCUAAUAAUGGAAGCACCACAGAGGCCAGCCGACUUGAUGACAAGGGGAAAACAUCAACACGAAUUUAUCCAGUCUCAGGCCAAUGCUAAAAACCUUGCUGGUUUAGAUUCAUCGAAGCCCAUCCAUCAAAAUCUGCUUAGAAAAUCUACGACCAAGAUGGUAUCUGCAAGUGUUGAUAUAUGGAUGGGAACUCAGAUACUUUUUGUAGACAUCAAGUACACUCUGCGGCUUUUUACGAAGCAAUUAUGUGGCUAUAAGGUCACAAAAAGGGAAAAGAGGAAAAUGCAAAGAACACUUGCUGACAUUGCCACCCUCAUCCCAGUAACAAUUUUAAUGUUACUUCCAGUUUCUGCUGUAGGUCAUGCAGCCAUGUUAGCAGCAAUCAAGAGAUACAUGCCAUCUUUGAUUCCUUCACCCUACUCUUCUGAACGGCUUGCAUUAAUGAAGCAACUAAAGAGAACGAAGAAGAUGGCAAUUCGACGGAGCAAUAGUAUAGGCUAA